ACGCUCAGCUGUUAUGAACCCAUGUCAUUCUGUCCUCAAGCAAUAUAAAGCCGUCUCUCAUUCAUACGAGUGCCCUAUUCCCUCUUAAACGCGUCGAAUCCGACUGCUUCCAAUUUGUGUAAUGUUCUCUGUUACUCGGAAGGCGGAAAUGGCAGCCGUCGCCACGUGUGACGAGCCGAAUUACUCCUUGAGUAUGAUCGAGGACUGUGUCUAACCGCGACGACGACCACAGAGAGCGUUCUCUCACCUCCUGUAUGUCUCUCACUUUUGUCCUCGUCUUCAACCUCGUCAUCUUGCGAGCGUAAAACCGGUCUCACCUCUGACGCGCUUUGCAUCUGUUUCGCAGGGCCUGUGCUGUCGGCUCUGACCCUGAGACCCUGACAAACCCACACCCCCAACCCAUUUCGUCGGGCAGAAUAUGUUUGUCCUCCUGCUCGACGCUCCCCAACGAUCACAACCACUACCUGUAUCCCCCAAUCCAUCCGCUCUUUUCGAAUAAUUAUCAUGGCCAAGGCUAUCGUUCCUACUCCAAUGCCUUCGCGGUCCAGCACAUCUGAAUCUUUGACGUCACAAUCAAGUGUUCACCAUCAUAGUCACUAUGGCUUCCGAACUCAAUUGGGACAGUUUCUGCCUAGACAUGCGUUGUUCCAAGUGAAUCUGAACAUUGAGGAACUCUCCAAUGUACCAUUGGUCAAGGGCGAGUUCGCAGUUCGAUGGAAAUUCAAGAACGUUCAGUCAGGAUCUGGCCUCUUAUCGAAGAUGAAGAAUGGAGGUGGUGGGGGAGCGAGGACGGCUAGUGGUGGUUCUGUGGCUACGACGGAUGACAAGAGCUCGGUGAAGGGGAAAGGAAAGGCGAAAGCGGAUUCCAGUCCUUAUCUCCUUGCAGCUGAAUUGCAUGACGACCACAGCAGCGAAAGUUCCAAGUAUUCCUACGAAUCCGAACACACCGCAAUUGACGAAGAGAGCUCUAUACCCUCCGCUAAGAAUUCAAACGAGUCGCAGUCGUCAUCGUCAUCUAGCUAUCGCCAUGGAAUCUCUACCUCGCCCUUGACCACUCCUGUGCCCGUUUCCGCCACCCCGACGAUAACGAAAGCCACUGCAACGGGGAUGCCCACAAUUCCAAGUUUAGCAAGUUCGUUGUAUUCGCAUGUUGAAGCGAAGGGCAUGACCGAGUGGGCUCAGCUUCAGAGCUACAAUGUCAAGUGGAACCAAAAGGUCAGCGUGGUAGUGCAGAUGGAUGUACAUCGGGAGACAGGUGAUCUGCUCCCCAAUGAGCUGAAGUUGGUUAUUAUGCAGCGAGUUAUUCCUGGUGACCCAGAUGCACCACGAAAUCCCCGACUGGGCGCUGUCUAUCUCAACUUGGCAGAAUAUGUCGAUGCAGGAGACGUCACUCGGAGAUAUCUCUUACGAGAGAGCAAAACGAAUGCUACGCUCAAGUUGACUCUGAACCUCACUCACGUCGGCGGUGCCAAGAACUAUAAACCACCUCCCCUACGCAAGGGUGAGAUUAUGGCCGAAGUCUCUGGCCUGCUCUCCAACAACGAUCUCCUCCGAACGCGCCUCGCACGAACGCUAGAUCUAUACUCACGGGAUGAAUUACCCACCGACGACCUUCAUUCAGAACUCUCCAGUAAUCGUGCCCAAUCCGAGCCCCAACUACGAUCCACACGACUUUUCCCACAUCGACCAUAUACCAAUGGCGACGGUGCAGUCGAUUUCGAUCGCCUCGCCUCGUUGAAUGGGUUACACACUACAGAGACGCUUAUUGAGGCGAUCUUCAACCCUGUACCCACGACUUCGGAGACGCCGUCUCCGUUCACGUAUUACGCCCCAAAUGAAGUUGAAGUCGACGAUCCUGCUGAAUCGGAUUCGAUCAGCAAGCGUUCGUCGAGUAUGCGGUCUGAUGCCACCACCAGCACGAGCGAUGAGAGUGGGUUGUUCAAUAGUGCAAGAAGUGGUACUACCGGCACUGGCACUAGCAAGCCGUCGUCCACUUAUGCGAGAAGUGAAAAUUCGAGCUUGAGCACCGGGACUGGAGAGGGCAAGGACCAUACGAGUAUUAGUGGGAGUUUGUCUUUGCCUGAUUAUCAUAAACCGCAUUGGUGGCAGAAGAUGUCCUCGAGGAGUCGGCCUGGGACACCGACGAAUGGCAAGAGGUUCUUCUCUGCUUCGACUCCGAGGUUGCCUUUAGAGGUGGAAUAGAAUUGGUGACACUGAAUGUGGCCGCCUCCAUAUGUUACGUGACGGUUUUCUCUAGGUCUCAUGUUGAAUGGGAAAAUAUUUCUUUUGGUCUUCGUAUGUUUGUCUUGGUCUUCAUCUUUCAUUUUCUUCUGCUUUCUGUUUUUUCGUUCGUUCUUCGUUCUUUCCUACUUUUCCCGUUUCCCCCCUGGGUAUCCAGCUAGAAGUCGUGCUUUCGGUCUGUCGUUCCUUUCUUUGGUUAUCUAUAUUUAUUCUCCAUAUCAUCUCGCACCCUCAUCCUCAUUUUCACCACCAUCAGUGUAGACUGUUUUCAAUUUGUCCUCAGUGCAUUCAGUAUGUACCUCACAUCCCAUAGCAAUCAUUGUACUCUAGAGCCUCGAUAUAAUUCUACGUCUAUCCAAC